AUGGAAUACAAACUUUUUAAGAAUAAAAAAAUAUUGAAUGAAAAGGUAAAUGAGUUAACAAAGAAAAAUAGACAAAGAAACACAUUAGAUCAUAUUAAUUGUAUAGAAAUUGAUGAUGACGAUGAUGAUGAUAAUGAUAAUAAUGAGGAACCUAAAGAAAUGAAUAUAAAUAAAACUAACAAUAAUAAUAACGAUAUCUUAAUGAAAUCAUGCAAUGAUAUUAGAAGGAAUACAACAUUUUAUAGACAUAAUGUAAUAAAUGAAGAACAAAAAAAUUUUGAAUAUUUAUUAUCAAGAAAAAAAAAAAAUGUAGAUUCUAUAGAUAAUGUAAAUUUUUAUGAUUUUAUGAAAAAUGAUUUUUUUAAUAUAUUUAAUAAUAAUAUAAUAAGUGAACAUAAAAAAACAAACCAAAUUGUAAAUCAAAUAAAUAAUAAUGUGGAUACUUCAAAAAAUGUGGUUUAUAAUAUUAAUUAUGAUGAACAUAAAGGAGAAGUAGUUAAUUUAUCGUUUGAUAAAAAAGGGAAAGAAACAUAUCCCCAAGUAGAUAUUGAAUUGUAUAACAAAAAAAUGAAUCCACGUUAUCAAAAUAUAAAUGAACAAAAUACAUGUCAAACGAGUGAUGAUAAUACUACGUAUCGUAAUGUUUAUUCUGAUAAUUGUGCCUUAAAUUCUAGUUAUACAAAUUUUUUAAGAAAUAAAUCCUUAAAAUAUAAAAAAUGUUAUAAACAAAAUAGACAAGAUGAAAGCACGGGAGCGGAAUUUGAUUACAACCUUGACGAAUCGGUGUAUUAUGAUGAUUGUAACAACAAAUUAUAUAAAAGGUCUUUUUUAAAAAAUAAUAAAAAUAUAAUUGAAAAAGGAAGAGAAGAACAUAAACAAGAUAUAUAUAAUAAUAUAUCAGAUAUUUGUAAGAGUUAUAUUAAAAAUUUUGAUUAUCUGAAUAAAAGGAUUUUCCAUAACAAAUCUAAAAUAUGGAAAUUAUCCAAUAAAAAGGUAACUAUACAUGGAGAUCCAAAGAAAAGAAUAGAACGAAACAAACAAGAAAUAGAAGAUCAUCGAAGAGAACAAGAUGGUGAAAAUGAUCAAGAAGAAGAUAAUUAUGAUGAUUAUGAUGACGAAGAUGAUGAUGAUGAUAAUUGUCAUAUAUAUGAUAAUUAUGAUGACUAUCUUGAAAAUGAUGAUUAUGAUAAUCAUAAUUAUUUUUAUCACAAAAAUCAUGAUGUAAAUAAGAUAAGAAAAAUUCAAAAUAAAAAUUGUUCUACUGAUUUCAUAAAUUAUACAUCUAUUAAUAACAGAAAUAUGGAAUGUCCUAAUAAAAAUGCUGAUAAUUUAAAAAAUAUGGAUUCUUUUUUAUUAUAUAUGAAAGAAAGGAAAAUAAAAAAAAAAAAAAAUAUAAAUGAUCACAUGGAAAAUCAAUUAAGUGAUACAUUAAAUAAUUCAAAUAAUUAUAACAAAGAUGUGUAUGAUUCAUAUUAUGAUGAUAUGAAUUUUUGUUAUGAUAAAGAUUAUAAUAUGAUAUUAAAAAAAGGUGUAAAUUCUAAUAGAACAAAAAGUUUGGAUAGGUAUCCAAAUAAUAUUUCACAUAAUUAUGUUAAUAAUAUAUCUUCUGAAAUUAUAAAAUAUUGCAAAGACAAUAAUAUUACAUUAAAGAGUGAUAUAAAAAAUAUAAUAAAUCAUUUUAAUAAAAAAUAUGCGAAUAGUAGUCUUACCAAUAGUAAAAUUAGCAUGUAUGAAAAUGGGUAUCCUCAAAGAAGUGUAGAUCGUAUAUACGAUAGUUCAACGAAUGAUCCAAAAAGUGAUAUGAAUGGUAGCAAUAAUAAUAAUAGUAGUAGUAAUAAUAAUAAUAAUAUAACACAUAUCACAAAUGACUGUGAUAAUACCCAAACUAAUAAAAAUAAACAUUAUGUAAAUAGUAUUGUAAAUAGUAUUGUAAAUAUAUUUCAAAAAAGAAAAAAUGUAAACGAAAAAAAAGAAAACAUAAAUGAACAAAAUUGUAUUUCAUUCAAUACAAAUUUAAGAAAUAAUAAACUUAACAAUAAUGAUGAUUUAUGUUCAAAUUCUUAUGUUAAUAACAUAAAUCGAAAUAAACAAAUUACUAAUAAUGAAAACAAAAAAGAUAAUAUGUUGAUGCUUAAAGGAACAUAUCAUGGGGAUUCAUUAAAUGAAUCAAUUAAUAUAGAACAUAAUUUAAAAAAUAAUAAUUCAAUGUCUGAUGUGAACUUUGUACUAAAUAAUAAUGAUAAUGACAAAAAACAAAAUAGUUAUGAUAUAUCCGAAGUUUCCAUAAAUUGCUAUUACGAUGAUGUGAUAAAAUGUUAUAUGGAUUAUACCAUGCAUGGUAUGGAAGAUGAAACAAAUUUUUAUUUAUGUGAAUUUUGUGAACAAAAUAUUUUUGAUAUGAAUAAUAUGAUAAAAAAAGAUAAAGCAAAAGAAUGUAUGUACAGGUGCAAUAUAUCAUGUGGUAGAACAUUUCAUAAAGCAUGUGUAUGUUACAUAAAAAACAAUGAUAAUUAUAUAUGCUUUUUUUGUUUAUACGAUAUUAAUUUUUGUACAUUAUGUAAAGAAGUUUUAACAAAUGAUUCUUUAUUACCAUGUUAUUAUCCAUUGUGUAGUGUGUCUAUGCACACAAAAUGUGUUGAGAAAUUAUUAUUGUUUAAUUCACAUUGUUUAAAACAAUAUGAAAGCAUAAUAUUACCACGAGAUAUAAAUAUAGAACAACAGAAAAACACACAAAAAUCUGCAUCGGAUGGUAUCAUAGAGCAACCACUUAAUAUAAAAAAAAAAAUUAAAAGACGACAUAUUUAUAGAAAACGAAGAAGAAGAGGUCCAAGAAAAAGUCAAAUAACAACAUCGAAUAAAAAAAUAAAUAAAAGUGAGUUAGCUGGUGGUAGUAUUAUAAAUGGUGUUGAUAUGGAACAGGAAAAUGAUCAAGGUGGUAAUAAUAAUAAUAAUGAUGAUAAUAAUGAUGAUAAUAAUGAUAAUAAUGAUGAUAAUAAUGAUAAUAAUGAUGAUAAUAAUGAUAAUAAUGAUAAUAAUGAUGAUAAUAAUAAUGAUAAUAAUAAUAACAACAAUAAUGAUAAUAAUGAUAAUAAUAAUAAUAAUAAUAAUAAUAACAACAAUAAUGAUAAUGAUAAUAAUAAUAAUAAUAACUGUGAUGAAAAUUUUAAAAAUCAUUUAUUAAAAAAGGAUCUGCUUCGAGAUGAGCCUCACCAUAAUAAUUACGAUAAAAUCUUAGAAUGUAAUACCGAAAUAAAAAUGGAAAAUAAUGUGAACAUGUCGGAAGAGCCUAUUUAUAACAAGUUAUUUAAUGGAAAAGAAGAAACCUUAAAUAAUGAAAAUGAUGAAAAAAUUAUAGUACUUAAAAAAUUUAUAUGCCCUUUACAUAUAUGUUACGUAUGUAAAGAAUUUGACAUAAAUAAUACGGAAAGUUCCAAAAAAGAAUUAAAAAAUAACUUAUUUAGAUGUAUAAAAUGUUAUAAAUCUGUUCAUCGUAAGUGUAUGAAUCAACUUAAAAAUAAUGAUAAUAAUGAUAAUGAUAAUAAUAAUAAUAAUAUUAAUAUUUAUAUAAUAUCUCAUAAACAUAGAAUUAUCUGUUGUGCAAAUCACAUGGAUGAUUAUAAAAAAGAACACAUGGAAUAUUUAAAAUAUAUUAAGGAGGUUAAAGAUAUAUGUAAAUUAGAUGAACCUAUUCACAAUAAUAAUAAUAAUAAUAAUAUAUUGAGUGAGAAAGGUUUUUAUGGUGAUGAAAAUAAUUUAUCCAUAUCAAAAUUUCAUAAUAAUAGUUCUUAUGAACCCAUUAAAAACAAAGAAACUUGUAUAAAAGGAAAAGACUCUAAUUAUUUAAGUCAUGAUAAUAAAGGUAUAACCGAUAUGAAUAACACAAAUAAGAUGAAUGUGUUAAAUUUAAAAAGUUGUAUGGUUAAUGAUAUGAAUACAUCUGAACGAAAGAAAAAGAAAAGUUGUGAAAGCAGAGGAAGUAAUAUUACUAAUAAGAAGGUUGUAUUUGAUUUAACGGAUGAAUUAAAUGAAAAAGAGAAAUCACCACCCCUUGAUAAUGUACAAAAUAAAAUAAUAUAUGGGGAUAAUGAAAUUGAGAAGAAUGUUAAUAUAUGUCAGAAGGAAGAUGGGGGUCUUAAUUUGGGUAGUAUGAAUAUAUUAAGUAUUGGUAAAAAUCAUAUGAGAACAAAUAAUAAUAAUAAUAAUGAUAGUAGUUGUAGUAGUAACAAUAAUAUAAUAAGUGUUGAAAAUGAAUAUAUUUUAAAAAACAAAAAUUUGAAUAAAAGUAAUAAUUCUUUGUUAGAUCAUAAUAACAAAAUAAAAAAAAAUAGUACCCUUAAUAUAAAAGAAUGUACUGAUAGCUGUAUAAAUGUCGAUGAAUUUAUUAAUAAGAACCAAAAUGAAAAGGACAUAUCAUUAGAAAAUAUUGAUGCUUUAUGUAUAAAAAGAAAAAGAAACGUUUCACAUCCUUAUAAUGAUACAUUAGAUGAUACAAAUAUAUUAAAAGAUAUUUCAAAUAAUAAAUCAUAUUAUGUUAAUAUUUCUAAAAAGAAACGAAAUGUAUCAUUUAAUUAUAAGGAAGAAUUUAUGAAAGGAGACGAACAAUUUUUAUUAAAAGGUAAUAAUUUAGAAAGUAACGAAAAAAAUACAAAAAAUAAACUAUGUAAUAAUGAUAAUAAUAAUAAUAAUAAUAAUAAAGGUAAAAAUACAAAAUAUAAUACUCUUGACCGAAAAAAUAAUAAAAAUAAACAAAUUAAUGAUACCAUUAAUAAGGAACCUGAAAAUAUAAAUCAUAAUAUGCAGAAUCAACAAUUGACCGAUAAUUUUGUAGAGGAUAAUAUGAAAUACAAGCAAGAAAUAUAUCAUAUUAAAUUGAGUCAUAUUUUGAGCAUAGAAAAAGGAUUAUUAUCGUUACAAGAGAUUAAUAUUGAUCAAAUGAAUGAUGAAUGUAAAAAGCAUAUCAGCAUAUUGUGUACCUUUAGACAGGAUUUUAUUAAUUAUGUAAUCUUUUUAUUUAGUAAGAGGUUACAUAAGGAAAAUCAAAUUGAACCAGUAAACGGAGUUGAUCAUAAAAAGGAGGGAAAUAUUUAUCAUGCAGAAAGAAAACAGGAAAAAAUAAAUCAUAAUGCAAAACAUAAUGAACAGGGUAGUAUAAAUAAUGCAAAACAUAAUGAACAGGGUAGUAUAAAUAAUGCAAAACAUAAUGAACAAGAUAGUAUAAAUAAUGCAAAACAAAAUGAACAGGAUAGCAUAAAUAAUGCAAAACAUAAUGAACAAGAUAGCAUAAAUAAUGCAAAACAUAAUGAACAGGAUAGUAUAAAUAAUGCAAAACAUAAUGAAGACGAUAGCCUAAAUAAUGCAAAACAUAAUGAAGACGAUAGCCUAAAUAAUGCAAAACAAAAUGAAGAAGAUAGCCUAAAUAAUGCAAAACAAAAUGAAGAAGAUAUCUUAAAUAAUGAUGAUCAUAGGAACCAAGAAGAAUUACAUGAAAGGUGGAAAGAAAAUAUGGUAUAUAAUUUUUUAGCAAAUUAUGAUAAGAAAGAAAAAAAAUAUAUUAGUAAAAAGGAGGAAGAUGCUAUAAUAAAAAUAUUAUCGAAUGAUAUUGUAGGUAUAAUGAAAAAAGAGUUAAAAAUUUCACUAUACGAUUUUAUUAUGUUAAAAAAGAAAACAAUAUCAACAAAUGAGAAUCAUAAGGAUAAUGAUGAGAGUGUAGUUUAUGUUGAAGAUGGAAAACAUCAUUGUAAUGAUAUAAAUAAAAUGAAGGAUAAUGUAAAUAAUGAUAUUAUCCCAAAUAUUAAAUAUAAUAAUAAUAAUUAUGAUGAUGUUAUAAAUACAAAAGAAAAAGAAUCCAUUCCUGAUGCUUCUUAUAUGAAGGUGACAAGAAAUCAAAGUAUUAUGAAUAAUGAUAUAUAUAAUAAUAAUAUACAAAUUAUUGAAAAGGAAAGAAUUAUGAACAAUAAUAAGAAAAAUUAUUAUGAUGAGGAAAAAAAAAGAGAAGAAUAUAAUGGUUUAUUUUCUAAAGGGAAAAAAAAAAGUUUUAAAAAUAAUAAAAUGGAUUUAAAAACAUUUUUUUCAUUAACAAAUAAUGGUUAUAAAGUAGAUAUAUCUAUAUUAAAAAAAUAUAGUUCUUUUUUAAAAUUCGAAUAUAUAUCCAAAAAUAUAUAUUUGAAUGAUAAAAAUAAGAAUUUACUUGCAUGCAAAUCAGAUGAUUAUAAAUGUUUAUGUCAAGGGGAAUGUAAUUUGUAUACCUGUUAUAAUUCUUUGAGUAACAUUCAAUGUUCCAAAAGUAGAUGCAAUUUACCAGAAAAAAUACAGGAUAGAAAAUGUUUCAAUCGACCAUUUAGAAAAUCUUUUGUGAAAGACUUAGAGAUUAAAAAAACGGAAAAGACUGGGUAUGGUGUGUUUUGCAAGAGGGACAUAAAAAAUGGAGAACUCAUAUGUGAAUACGUUGGAGAAGUAUUAGGAAAACGCGAAUUUGAAAAAAGGCUAGAAGUAUAUCAAGAAGAAAGUAAGAAGACAGAUAUGUAUAAUUGGUAUAUAAUACAAAUAAAUAAAGAUGUAUAUAUUGAUAGUGGGAAAAAGGGAAGUAUCUCAAGAUUUAUAAAUCAUUCAUGUUCACCUAAUAGUGUAUCACAAAAAUGGAUAGUUCGAGGAUUUUACAGAAUUGGAAUAUUUGCCUUGAGAGAUAUUCCAUCGGGUGAAGAAAUAACUUAUAAUUAUAGCUAUAAUUUCCUCUUUAAUAACUUUGAAUGCUUAUGUAAGUCACCCAAUUGUAUGAACUACCAUCUGUUGAAAAAAGGAGAAAGUUCAGGAGCUAGCAAUAUAAUAAAAGAAACCGAAUUAUUAAACAACACAAUAUUUAAUCCAGUAGAAAACUUUCAUAAUUUACAUGGGAAAAUGCAAGAUUGGAAUAUAUUCAUAGAAGAAGCACAUACAAGAUUAUUAUAUGAGUAUAAUAAAAUGAAUGCAUUUAAUUUAAGGUUAAUGGAGUGUUAUUCUACCUGGAUAUUUUAUGAUAUGAAUUUUCAGAAGAAUCAAUUCUUUUCCCUUAAAUCUAAGCCAUACAAUGUUUCAGCUGAGUUUUGGAAAGUUCUCGUUUCAGCUUUUUCCGAUGGCGAAAAAAACAUUAUAAAUACGUUUAAUUUGUUUUUACCUUCAUUAAUAAAAAUAGGUCAGCUGAGAAGAAUACAACAGUAUAGUUACAUCCUGCAUAACAUAAUUGGAUUGGAGCAUGAUAUGUGGAAUUUGAUAGAUAAAGGAUUUGCAGAUGAUGAGGUAUGCAGAAAAUGUAAAAGCUGCGGAAACUUGACCAUGUGUGAUAAAUGCUUUCAAAGUUAUCAUCAACUAUGUGGAAACAUGCAUUCAAAGAUGUACAAGAAUAAUGAAUUAGUUCUUUGCCGUUUUUGUCAAAAGUAUGAUUAUAAAAUACAAUGGAUAAAAGAAAAUCAUGGAUCAAAGAUGAAAACAUGUAUAGAAAUUAGGAGUAAGGCAUUUUAUAAAUUGAACCGAGAUAUAAUGACUUUAUUAGAAGAGUCUGUAAAAUAUACGCAAAACCAAUCCUUAGAUUCAAUCCAUGCGCAUAACACAAAAGCAUUUAAGAGUAAAAAAUUAAAAUUGAGGAAAUUUCAGUACAAAUAUGUAAAAAUAUGA